AUGCACAUCGUCUCCACCGACGAGGACAUGGGUGAGGGGAUACGCCAAGACACCCUGAGUCAAGACACGCUCACCACCCGUGCAGAGCGAGUCUUCAACCGCGCAAGAAUAGAGACGCUCCCCAUUUACUUCACAGCCAAAGAAAUAUGCCUGCUCAUCCAGCACUUCAAGAAGAUCAAAAACACGGAAAAGGCAAACAUUCACAUCCACAAUUUGCUCGCCGCGAUAAUCAUCAACCAGAAAUACCCGGAAGAGGUUGCGAAGAUGUUUGAAGAUAUGGAUGCGCGGAAGCCUAAGGGGUAUGCCGCUCGCUGGACCAAUGAGUUUCACAUGGACAACCUGGAGCGUGAAGUCUUGGAGCAACUGGAGGUUGAAAAGGUAAAUGGAGAGCAAGGUCCGUCCUGGGUGGUGCCUCAGGUGCCUGCAGAUCCUUCGAAGCAGAGGGGUCGAUUUGCGGACAAACUAGAAGGAGGAGGUAGUGCUUUCGAGAGUAGCUUCGCAAGUGGGCCUGAAUAG